UGGACUACUGCACAUAAAACCUUGUCUCGUGACAGGUGGUUCAAGGUUUGAAGCGUGUAUAUGACUUUAUUAUAAAUUUAUGUGACAUCUAAGUUGUCUUUUCAGUAUUUAGGUGGAACAGUUAUCUAAUUUUUCAGAAGCUAACCUCGGAGGUGUUUUUAGUUCAAAAUGACAGAAAAAGACUUUGCUCCAUUGAGUGCUGCAUGUGUCAGAGCAUUGAACGACAAGCUUUAUGAAAAGAGGAAAGCUGCUGCUAUAGAAAUAGAGAAGAUGGUAAAAGAUUUUGCUUCUGUCAAUAACGUAAGCCAGAUAAAACGGCUGCUGUGGGUACUUGGCCAAGAUUUUGCUCUUUCAUCUAAUGCUAACAGCAAGAAAGGAGGAUUGAUUGGACUUGCUGCAAUAGCAAUAGCUCUUGGAAAAGAAACAUCACAAUAUAUUGAUGAACUUGUCCAACCCGUAAUGUUCUGCCUUAAUGACAUGGACAGUAGGGUUCGGUACUAUGCAGCAGAAGCUCUUUACAAUGUUGUCAAAGUUGCUCGAGGCUCUGUUUUACCAUUCUUUAAUGACAUCUUUGAUGCUCUAAGCAAGCUAGCAGCAGACCCUGACCAGAAUGUAAAAAAUGGUUCAGAACUCUUGGAUCGUCUUAUGAAGGAUGUGGUGACAGAAAGCUCGUCUUUUGACUUGGUUAAGUUCAUCCCAUUGCUGAGAGAGAGGAUGUACACUAAAAACCCUUUUGCCAGGCAGUUCAUUGUAUCAUGGGUUUCUACUUUGAAUGACGUUCCUGACAUUGAUAUGGUGAUAUUUCUCCCAGAGAUCUUGGAUGGCCUCUUUGAAAUAUUAGAUGAUAACACAACAGAGAUCAGGAAAAUGUGUGAAACUGUGCUUGGAAGUUUCCUUAGAAAUAUCAAUAAAAAUCCACAGACAGUAGACUUUACAGCAAUGGUAUCAAUUUUAGCCAAGCACUCGGGGUCUACUGCAAACUUAGUCCAGUUUACUGCAUUGAUGUGGCUGAAAGAUUUCAUCAAUCUUGCGAGACGAAAACUUCUUCCAUUUGUUUCCAGCAUUCUUCAGGCUGUUCUACCAAACUUAGGACAUGAUGAUGACAGCAAGAAAAAUAUUAGAGAGAUGGCUAAAGUAGUAAACAACAGCCUGACAACUUUGAUCAUUGAAGAAGAUGACCAUGACCUGUCCACUGAGUCAAAGGAAAAGUCUGGUGGUGGUGAAUUGCAAGGCAACUCUACAAAUGAAGAAAAAUUGUCUGAUCCUAGUGGAUUAGAUUCAAAAUCUUUAGUUAUGGUUUUAACAAAUAAAAUUGAACAUGAAUCCAUGCAAACCAGGAUAUCUGUCCUUCGCUGGAUUCUUCAUUUGCUUCAGAAAAUACCAAACAAAAUGUUCAAACAUAUCGAAGUACUCUUUCCAGUUUUGAUGAAAACUCUGUCUGAUCCAUCUGAUGAGGUUGUUCUUCUGGAUCUUGAAGUUUUAUCAGAAAUAUCUUCUUCGUCUGCUGGUCUGAAGCAGCAAAACCAACUUCAAAAUGUGAAUGUUCCAACCCCUGUUAGGGAAAUGGCACCAAGCUUUCCAAGUAUGACAUGUUACUUCACCAAGUUUAUGGUUGCUUUGAUGGAGCUGUUCAGUAGGAAUCGAGGUUUGCUUAAAGAUAGGGGUUCUUUUAUAAUCAGACAGUUAUGCCUAGUGCUGAAUACAGAAGAUAUCUACAGGACAAUAGCAGAAAUACUUCUUGUUCAUGAAGAUUUAGAGUUUGCUUGCCAUCUGGUGGAGACACUUAAUACUAUACUUCUUACUUCUACUGAAUUGUUUGAACUACGAAAUCAACUUAACAAUCUGAAGACUGAGGAAAGUUGUUCAUUGUUUUGUUGUCUAUAUCGCUCCUGGUGUCAUAGUCCAGUAGCUACUGUUUCACUGUGUCUCCUGUCACAGAAUUACAAGCAUGCCUGUGACUUGAUACAUCUGUUUGGGAAUCUGGAAGUAACUGUUUACUUCCUAACUGAAGUUGAUAAACUUAUACAGCUUAUUGAAUCUCCAAUAUUUACAUAUCUUAGAUUACAACUUCUUGAACCGCAACAGAAUCCUUACCUAGUUAAAAGUCUCUAUGGUCUACUGAUGCUUCUACCACAAAGUGAAGCUUUCCACACGCUUCGUCAAAGGCUUUCUUGCAUCCACGGUCUUUCAGUUUUUCAGCAACCUGAUUCAAAAUCUCACUCUUCCACUACCCAGAAAAACUUACAGAAGAAAAUUAACUUUCCAGAACUAUUGCAGCAUUUCCAGAAAACUCAGGAAAAACAUAAGCAAGCUAGAAGAGGACUAAAGUUUAGUGGGAAAUAAAAAUGGAUGAUGUAAGAUGAAACAACAGGUUAGAAGAACAUGGUCAUAAGUUCUUUUGAAGCGUGAAGAUUCAUUCUGUGAAUUAAUGAAGAGAAACAGCUAUGGAGAGAUGGCUUUCAAGGACACCAAACAUUCCAAGUUUUAAGACUGGAGCUACUAGAGAAAGAUAAAAGUGUAGAUAGGGAAAUAUUACAAAAGAAGUUUAGAUCAGUGUUGUACAUGACCAGUUAAAUAAUUGUAACAAUACAUGAUGGAGACUAUACGGUGUGUUAUACAUGACCAGUUAAAUAAUUGUAACAAUACAUGAUGGAAACUAUACGGUGUGUUGUACAUGACCAGUUAAAUAAUUGUAACAAUACAUGAUGGAAACUAUACGGUGUGUUGUACAUGACCAGUUAAAUAAUUGUAACAAUACAUGAUGGAGACUAUAUGGUGUGUUGCACAUGACCAGUUAAAUAAUUGUAACAAUACAUGUUGGAGACUGUACAGUGUUGAUACAAAAUGGUCUGGGAAUACAAGAUAAAAAAAUAUAGAUAGGGUACAUUUUGAAAGAAGCAUGGACCAAUGUUGUACAUGACCAGUCAGAUAAUUCUAACAAAACAUGGAGUAUGAUGGAGACUGUACAGUGUUGUACAGAUAAUCCUAACAGUACGUGAUGGAGGAUAUACAUGUGUUCUUGGAACUUUUUUGACUGUGUGGACACACUGGUAUUGACAAGUGAAUUUUUGGGAUUAAACUAGAGUAAUUUUUGAACCCACAACCUUAACUUUCAUUCCACCCAGCGUGAUACAUAUUUUGUGUCUUGAAACCUAUGUCAUUUAGUGGUUGAAGUAGAAGAUUUAAUCUUUUCUAUCAUAGAAAGCAUAACAUGAAACCUAUAAAUUUAAAAUUACUUGCCAUUUGUCCAGCUGUAAAAUUUGGACAAAUACAAAUCUUUUUUAACAGCCUCUUGGAAAAGCUGUAUUUUUUAUCCUAUUACCAGGCCUUGGGAAAAAAAGGAAAUAACCCCUACACAUGAUGGUUUACAUGUUUGGGCUCUGAAUUUAUUAAUUGUAUCUUCACGAAAUAGGACAAGCUUUUAGUAAGUAUUAUAUGUAUGUUAUACACAAAACAAGUCCGGAUAUUUAGUAGAGUAUUAUAGUAAAAAUUUGUAUGUGAAUUUACUGAGUCAAUCUGAGUACAAGAUAAUUUUCAUGCUUAUUAUAACACUUCUUUUCAUUUUACAGCUGUCGUAUUUCAUUUACAUAACCUCUAGUACCCCUUAAAUGAAUAUCAAAACUUUUUUUAUUUCCACUGUUCUAACACUGAUUGUAGCAAAAUCAUCAAUGUACAGUGAUAUUAAAUUUUGAAACUCUUGAAAUAAAAUAAACAUUAUCGUUUUUCUUUGGAUGAA